AUGAUGUUCCUCCUCGAGCUCCUGGCGCUUGUCGCCCUCCUCAUCUUCAUGCUUCUCGUCGCCCGCAUUUGCUCCUUGGAGCAAUGCGUCUCCACUCCCCAAGCCGCCCUGGAGGCUGCUGGCCAUUCUCUCCCUCCCGUCGGCAUCCCCACGGACUACCGUGGCGACUACGAAGCCGCCAAAGACACCAUCCGCGGGCUUCGUACCAUCAUCGACGACCUUCGCCGCACCAUCGGGCAUCUCGAGGGACUGGCCCACCCAUGCGACCACGACGACGAUUUGGCUGCUUUGCAGCAAACCAUCUUUGCGCUCCAGCGCCAGCUGGCUGAUGCUGAGCGCGAGCUCAAGCAAAACGUUGAGCAGGCCAAGAUAGCACGCCUAGAGCUUACUAUCCGCGACCAGAACACCCGCCUCUGGCAGCUCAACGUCGUGAGUGACCAGUUCAACCACGUCAAGGAGCUCAUCCACCAGAUGGUCGCUGCUGGCGGCUUCCUGAUGGUGGUGGCCUCUCUUUUCGUCGGACAUCUGGCACUCUUUGGUGGCGUCGAUUUGGCGGGCUUGGGGGUUGAUCACCUCAAGCUCGAAUCGUACUACGCAUGGGCUGCCAUGCCCUCUCUUCCCUCAAGGCACCUACCCCCGCUCCACGCCCGUCGGGUCCGUCUCCGGCUUUCCUCGCGCCUGUCCCCUCUGCGCUUACUUCCCUCCGCGCCCGCCCCUUCCGCGCCUGGUCCCUUUGCACCCGCCCGCGUUGCUCGCCCUGCUGGGCCACCUCCAAACCUGUUCGCGCUUUUCCCCGCCGCGCUCGCCCCUGGUCCUUCCGCGCCCGCUGCUGCGCCUGCUUUCGCUCCCGCCGCACCAUCUGUGCCGGCCAAGAACCAGGCCGCGUCCCUUGGCUUCGCCGUGGGCAAGAAGCCUGGCUCGUUUGGUGUGAGAAAGCGAUAG